AUGAAAUAAAAAUACUUGAUUUAAUUUAUAAGUGUAGCUGUUGGAAAUUCAUUUCCAAACACAAUAUCUAAUGUCUUAAGAAAGGCAAUCCAUAAUUAAAACUCAAGCUGCCCUGCCAUUUUCGAAGUUUAAAGAGGUGGCAGGUCUCAAUAAUAAUUAUAAUAAGAAUUUACAACAAUAUUUUACGAAAUCAAACAGCUUCUGAGUGUAUCAUCAAAGCUCCUUCAAGUUAACUAGCCAGUUUAUACAACAAUUGCUUCGAAAAAUACUACCACAAUGGUUCCACCUGGUGAACCAUAUCUUAAAAAAACAGAUGGAACCAAAAAAAAAAUGAUGUUAGAUGGAUAAGAGAUUGACCCGACUAUGGAUCCACGUCAUAUUUCUUAGCUUAUAUGCAAUUCAAUAUCAGAGAGAAUAAUAGAGACUGUUGCAACAAAGCAUCAAAAUAGCUAAUAAAUUUUUUAAGAGAUGAAAGCAGUAGUUUAAGAAGUUUUAAACAAUAUGGAAACCACUAAUAAUAGUAAAGAUCAAGAAGCACUUCAACUAAUGGAUCCUCUUUUAGACCUAUUAGAUAAACUUGCAGAUGGAAGUCUAAAAGCCCAAAAUUUAUCGGAAUCUACAAUGACUAUGCUUCAAAAACAUCUGAAAUAAAAGGAAGAAAUUUCUAAAUUUAUUGAUUGUUUUGCAAAAGAAAAAGUAGAGGAAAAUCUAACUAAAGAGAAGGUUAAAGAAAAACUUCAGAAUAAACUAAAUAAGGCAAAACUGGGUUGCUAUGUUAAAUCUACUAUUACAAAAAACCUCUAAAUCUUGUCUAAUCUGUUUGGUAGAUUGUUACCCAAAGUUUAGAUGACUUAAAUUAAUUAAUAGAAAAGGAAUAAAAUUAAGAAAUUAAAGUCCUAUUGA